UGAAAAGAAAAGAAUAAAAGAAAACCAAGGCUCUCUUCACGCACAUCAAAGCAUCAAAAACCAAAAACCGAAACGCAUGCAUUUCUAAUUUUUCUAUCUCUUUUAAACUUCCUCCUUCUCCUCCUUCUCUCUCUAUAAACCUUCCUGCCUCUCAUGGCCGUCGAUGCUCACCAUCUGCUUCUCUCUCCUCCUCAACUCUUCUCCAACAGAGAUUUAACGAUGAGUUACAACGCCUCCAUGGAACCAACUAAUGGCGGUUUCUGCACGAACAAUAAUCAAAACGGAUACAGCGGCGUUUCACCUUUCUCGGUGACACACGAUUCGCCUCCUCUUCUUCAUAUGUACGGCGGCUCCACCACCGCUGAUACUAUUCCCACAACAGCUGAUUCAUUCACUUACUACGCAGAUGGUGCCAAUGUCGACUGUGAUUUUUUCCCUUCACCGACGAGAAAACGCUCCAGAGAUUCCCGAUCGAAUUACUAUCAUCAUCUUGUUCAUCAGAACCAACACAGAUCAUCAUCAUCAUCAUGCGUUACUGCUACUACUCCUUUUUCGUUUCUCGGUCAAGACGUCGAUAUCUCCUCUCACAUCAAUCAACAACAGCACGAAAUCGAUCGAUUCGUCUCCCUUCAUAUGGAGAGAGUGAAAUUCGAGAUUCAGGAAAAGAGGAAGAGGCAAGCGAGGGCGAUAAUGGAAGCUAUAGAGCACGGGCUGGUGAAAAGGCUCCGAGUCAAAGAAGAAGAAAGAGAGAGGAUCGGCAAGAUAAACCACGCGCUUGAGGAGCGCGUGAGGUCACUCUCCGUCGAGAAUCAAAUCUGGCGGGAUCUCGCUCAGACCAACGAAGCCACCGCCAACAACCUCCGCAACAACCUCGAGCAGGUCCUGGCGCAGGUUAAUGACAUGCGUAGCGUACCCGGCGCGGGAUUAGCUAACGUGAACCCCGACGACGACGACGAUGCGCAGUCGUGGUGCGGAAGCAGCUCGGGUGAAGAAACGGUUAGGCGCACGCUAGGUCAUGAGGCGCAUGAUAAGGCAGCGAAAGGUAGGAUGUGCAGAAACUGUGGGGAGGAGGAAUCGUGUGUGUUGCUCUUACCAUGCAGACACUUGUGCUUAUGUGGAGUCUGUGGGUCCAGUGUGCACACGUGUCCCCUUUGUAGAUCUCCCAAAAACGCUAGCGUUCAUGUCAACAUGUCACCUUGACCCCGUCUAUGGAAAAUUAUGGAAUUUUUUUAUUUUUAUUUUUUUUCUCUUUAAAAAGUUGUAAGAAUCAGCUGGAUAUUCUUUAGCUAAGAAAUCAAGAUCAUUAGAGGAAAACCUUUACUACAAAGGAAGAAAAAAUCCCGCUGUUUUUUAGAUAUUUCAUAUGCAUUCCGUUUAU